UCGAAAAAAAAAAUCUGCAAAUGCGGUUUUAACCUCGUCCAGGUGGCCAUUUCUAUCCAGGUUUCUCCAUCACGCCGCCGCAGGGGGCUCGUCGACGGCGAUCAACCGCCGUCGCCGCGCCUUGGAUCUUAGGCCCUUGGUCGGGGAUAGAGGCGAGGAUCGAGUCGUCUUCUUCCUCUCUCUCUCUCUCUCAGCCAGCCCGCGCGAUCAGAGAUACACAUUGAUCAUCGAUUCGUUCUCUUCCUCUCCUCUCAGCCGGUCUGUGAAUUUCUUGGCCAGGUGAGAGGUGAUCCAAGGUUUCUUUCCUCCUUUGACGCUCGCAAGGUGUUCGACGGAAUGUCUCCGGAGAGCAAGAAGGCGUUGGUGGAGGGGGGCGGCGACGACCGCAUCAGCUUCCUCCCGACCGCGCUCCUGCAGCACGUGCUGUCGUUCCUGCAGGCGAAGGAGGUCGUGCGCACCUGCGUGCUCGCCCGGCGCUGGCGCCACCUCUGGAAGUCCAUGCCCAUCCUGCGCGUCACCGGCGCCGGCGACGCCCGGGCGUUCCACACGUUCACGUACCAUCUUCUUCUCCUCCGAGACCGGUCGCCCCUGGAAUCUUGCACGUUCGACUUCAAUGUAUUCUCCAAAGACGACAUGCCCAUCGUGAACCUCUGGAUUCGGUAUGUCUUGCUGUGCCAAGUUCGGGUGCUCACUCUCGCCAUCGGUGGACAUCAGCUGACUGAUCUGCCUGUAGUCUCCCCAAUCUUGACAAGGUUGGAGCUUAGUCGUCUGAGUGUAAAUGGCAAGUUUCUUGAUUUCUCGAGCUGUCCGGCACUGAAAGAGCUGAAGAUGACCAACUGCGAGAUAUCUGCUGACAAAAUAUCUUCCAAGUCCCUCAAGCGUCUCAGGAUCUGUGAAUGCAAGUUUAAGUCGAAGAUGAGAACAAGAAUCUCUGUACCAAGUCUACUUUUCUUGAAACUAAUAGCUGUCAAGGGUAGAACUCCUUUCCUUGAAGACAUGCCAGUGUUGGUAGCAGCAAAAGUUUUACUGCUCGACUUCUACUGUAAGGAUUGUUGUGAUGGCAAUGAUCCUGGGUAUUGUCCUGCUGGCUGUACGCAUUGUUAUGGCAUUGAUGAUGGUAGUGCAGGCUGUGUGCUUCUAAAAGGUUUGGCGGAUGCUACGAAUUUGGAGUUGAUAGCUGAUCCUGAAGUGUUUAUUCUCAAAAGGGAUUUGAGGUGGUGCCCUACAUUCACUAACUUGAAGACUUUAUUACUCAGCCAGUGGUUUGAGUCUUCUGACCACUGUGCACUAAUUUGCAUUCUUCAACACUCACCGGUUCUAGAGAAGCUCACUCUUCAGCUUUCUAAGAAAUCAGUAAUCAAUGUUCGAUCAAGAGCGAUCUACAAUUCGAUGGAAAAGUCAUUUACAUCAGAAAACCUUAAGACAGUUGAAGUUAAAUGUCAAGAUAUUGACCAGAGAGUUCACAAACUUAUGAAGUCCUUGAACAGCUAUGGAAUACCACUUGAGAGAAUUAAUAUCCAACAAACAAAUCAAUUUUCUGAGUGUUUUAAUUUCGUUUGGACAGGAUUCAUACCAAGACAGAGUUGCGGAAGACCCGGGCUGUCGAUGUAUCUAAAUUCUCCUUAAUUUGCCAUCUGGUAUUGCUGCUUCAAACCAAUGGGGAUAUUCUUAAAUCGGUUCCAACUGAGGGAAUGAAACAUAGGUUUAUUGAUACGAUUUGCUUGGAUGUGUCUGGACGUGGUUUUAUUAGCUACCUACUAGGUAUUAGUCUUACUCCAUGUUUCGUUAACGGCCUGACUUGGUAGUAUCUUUCGUGAUGACUGAAGCUGGAUCAGCUACUGAACUGGAACUGAAUGUUCAUGCGAUUUAUAAACUUGCGAUGCCCUAGGACAGUUUUAUGCUUUC